UUGUUGAUUGGAUUUACGUUUCUUCCAGCACCCGGCAGCGUGUAUAUACGGCACCGGUGAAUAUUAUUUAAAAUAAAAUGUCGUACGCUAAAUUCAGUUUUUCCUUGUAUAUUACAUUCUCUUGCUUAAUUUUGAGUCUUGUAAAUGCAAGUAUUCAGACAUCGUCAAAAACUACAUUUGCGGAACAACUUACUGAGGAAAAUUGGGAUCGUAUGUUAAUUGGAGAGUGGAUGGUGGAAUUUUAUGCACCAUGGUGUCCUGCUUGUAAAGCACUUGAACCAAUUUGGGAACAUCUUGCUUCACAAAAGAAAAAUCUAGACAUCAAUGUAGGAAAAGUUGAUGUGACAGAUUCUCCAGGACUUAGUGGAAGAUUUAUGGUUACUGCUUUACCAACAAUAUAUCAUGUUAAAGAUGGCAUAUUUAGACAGUAUAAAAGUCCUAGAGACAAAGAUUCGUUAAUCGAAUUUGUAUCUGAGAAAACUUGGGAAAAAAUUGAACCAGUUCCUGGUUGGAAGAGUCCAACUUCUAUUCAAAUGUCUGUUAUUAGUCAGUUUUUUAAAAUGUCACAAGUAUUAAGGGGAAUACAUAAUAAACUUAUGGAAGAUUUUGGAUUACCUACUUGGGGUAGUUAUUUGAUCUUUGCUAUUGCUACCAUUGUAUUAGGUGCAAUAUUGGGAUUGUGUAUUGUAUGUCUGAUCGAUUUUAUAUAUCCACCAAAACCUGUAAUGCUUCAAGAUAAAAAGAAACAUAAGGAAGGAUCAGGUGGAUUUAUGCAAGAAAAAACUAUACAGGAUGAAGAAAUUGUUGAAAAUGUUAAAGAUGAUUUAGUAGAUGAAGAUUCUGAGCAAGAAGGAUCUGACACAGAAGGAAAAGAAAAAGAUGUGGAUAAAGAUAGCAAAACUGAACCAAGUAGUCCAAAUGUUCGUAAACGUAAGCCACGUAAAGCAGAUUACAUGAUUAAAAACGCAAAAAAGCGUUCAGUUAGUGAGACUGAGGUAACUGACAAAAAAGCUGAAGCAACAGGCAAAAAUAAAGUAUUUAAAAAAAAUAAAACAGAAAAAACUGUGCAAAAUGGGCAGCCAGAUAAACAAGCUAAAAAGGAUAUAUCUAAGAAAGUUAAAGUAGGAAGAAAGAAGAAUAAAGAUGUAAACGCAUCUCCUAAAAAUGAUGAUAAAGGAAAAAAGAGGUUUAGGGAUAAAGACACUUUCAGUGCUGAGGAACUAAAAACAAAGAUUGAGGAAAUAACAAAUAGAGGUGAACUUUCAAAAACGGCAAGAAGAAAAUUAGCUUUUUUGAAAAAAUUAUUACGAAUAAAAGAGGGAAAACCUGUAGAAAGUAAACAACAGCUACAAAACACAAAAAAUGCAAAAUCAUUGGAAGUUGCAAAGAAUAAACAGAACAAGAAAUCGAAAGGACAAUUAGAAACAAAGUCACAAAAUCAAAAUAAAGGAAAGAAUACAAAGCAGCAAAAGAAAGAUGAAGAUGAAGAUGAAGAUGAAGACGAAGAAGAAGAUACUGACUUAAGUGAAGAUGAAAAUGAAAGUGAUUUAGAGGAAGAAGAAGAAGAGGAGAAUGAAAGUGGAGAAGAGGAUGAAGAUGAUGAGGAAGAAGAAAGCGAAGAUGAUGAAGAUGAUGAAGAUGAAGAUGAAGAUGAAGACGAUGAAAAUGAAAACGAAAAAGUUAAAACGAAUAAUGUUCAACCUAAAAAAGGAAAGGAAAGCAAUACAAAUGAAGGAGAAGCAAAGAAAAAAAGAUACGUCGUUUUUGUAGGAAAUUUACCAUACACCAUUACUUCUGAAGAACUUAAAAAACACUUUUUGACCAAAGUCAGCCAUGUUGUUGAUAUUAGGAUACCUACAAAGGAUGAUAAAUCUCCACGUGGAUUUGCUUAUGUUGAAUUUGCUGAUAAUGCAGAUUUUGAGAAAGCCUUUACAUUACAUCAUUCAAUGAUUAAUGGCAGAAGAAUAAAUGUGCAAUAUUCAGGAGCCAACAAGAAAGAAGGAGUUGCAAAAAAUUUUAAGUUACAGGCCCUCCAAAAAGCAGGAAAAUUUGGAGGUGGCAAGAACAAGCCGUUUCAAAAAAAAUUUAAUAAAGGAAAAUAAAGUAGAUAACGAGAUUAUAAUUUUUAAUCAAUACAAUUAAUUUGAAAUGUACGAUUAAAUGUCAUCUUAACUAUUUCCACAUUCUGACAUAUAGAAUAAGUUUUUUAUGUAAUUAAGUGUAAAGAUUUAUGUGUUGGAUGAUAUAGAUAAAACGUUUAUCUAUUAAAA